GAAGAAACAUGGCGCAGAACAUCUCUAAAAUGCCCAAUGAGAAGCAGGCUGGUUGUAGAACUGAGAUGAAAUGCCUGAACGCUCCUCAAGACGACGACAACUGCAGCUCCAAUGGCAACAACUCUGACUUUCCCAGGAAGGUUCCUGGGCAAUACCCAGAUGAAGAUCCAGAGAGUCAAAACUUCCUCUCUGAUCAUAAACCAAGCAAGAAGAAGUAUGAAACUGAAUAUCAGCACCAGCGCACUGCCUCCUUCGGCAUGUCCGUCUUCAACCUGGGUAAUGCCAUCAUGGGCAGCGGCAUCCUGGGUCUGUCCUAUGCUAUGGCCAACACCGGUAUCGCCCAGUUUGUGAUUCUCCUGUUUUCCGUUGCCAUUUUCUCCUUGUAUUCUAUCCACUUGUUGCUAAAGACAGCCAAUGAAGCAGGGGAUCUUGUUUACGAGUCACUGGGUUACAAGGCCUUUGGAAUGUCAGGCAAACUGGCUGCUUCCUGCACUAUCACCACGCUGAACUUUGGAGCCAUGUCAAGUUACCUCUUCGUCAUUAAAUAUGAACUCCCCAAUGUUAUUCAGUCCUUUACUGGAGCAAAUGAUGGUGAAUGGUACAUCAAUGGAGAUUACCUGGUGAUUUUGGUCACAAUAAUUGUUAUCCUGCCUCUCUCACUGCUCAGGAACUUGGGUUACCUUGGUUACACCAGUGGUCUCUCUCUGCUCUGCCUCGUGUUCUUUCUGAUUGUGGUGAUCAUAAAGAAGUUCCAGAUAUCUUGUCCUCUGCCUAUUCCUGACGAUGGAAAUGAAACCAUGCAUUUGUUGAACAGCACCCACCACAGUGACAACCCCACUACAGAUGAUGACACUUGCAAGCCUAAAUACUUUGUCUACAACUCACAGACUGUCUAUGCUAUACCCAUCCUCUUUUUUGCCUUUGUAGGCCACCCUACUAUCCUCCCUAUGUAUAAAGAGCUCAAAGACCGAUCACGCCGAAAGAUGCAGAACGUGGCCAACGUGUCCUUCCUGGCCGUGUUCAUCAUGUACCUGCUGGCCGCCCUCUUUGGAUACCUCACCUUCAACAUCCAUGUGGAACCUGAGCUGCUCCACACCUACUCAAAGUUCUACAAGUACGAUAUUCUCCUGCUGGUUGUUCGUCUGGCUGUGCUGGCCGCUGUCACACUCACAGUUCCUGUGGUGCUCUUCCCUAUUCGUACCUCAGUCAGCCACCUGCUGUUCCCAGGAAAGAACUUCAGCUGGAUCCGUCACAUUAUCAUCGCCCUGAGCCUGCUAGCAGGAACCAACAUCCUGGUCAUCUUUGUCCCCAGCAUCAAAUAUAUUUUUGGCUUCAUUGGUGCCUCUGCUACAAUGCUGAUCUUUAUCCUGCCCUCAACUUUCUAUCUCAGACUGGUUAAGAAGGAGUCAAUGAAAUCCAGGCAGAAAAUUGGGGCUGCGAUGUUCCUGGCAUUAGGAAUUGUUGUCAUGUUUGGCUGCAUGACUCUUAUCAUCUACGACUGGAUCAUGAACUCUGUGAAAGACUAAGGUCACUGAAGCGCCAGCUCUUCUGCUGGAACUGAAAUUUAUUUUCUUUCCGUUUAUUUUGCCUUACUGUACAAAGAUAUUGAUUAUGUCCUAAAAGGCAGCUUUCAGGUAAAUUUAAUAUUUACCCUCAGCCCAUGUGAGUUUACAUAGGUUCUAAGGUGUCACUCUUUGUGCGCCAUAUCAUCUGGAUAUAUUUUAUUUACAUUUUUUAAGGCUAUAAAUAACAAAUUAUUGCAACUGUAAAUCAAAUUUUAUUUUUCAUAAAUCGUUGUAGUGCCACUGCAGAAAAACUGGCCAAACUAGAUUUUCUGUCAUUGAGACUUGUCUUAUGCCAUAGUCUUUUUUCUUUUUUACAAAAUGCUGUUAACAUUUUUGUAAAUAAAGUGAUGUACUACCUUUGUAA